AUGCUCGGGUGUAAAAGAUCCUCAGUCUACCUUCCCGCAGGCAGUGAAAAUGACUGGACAACAGAAAUUCACAUUGCAGCCGGUGCAGGUAAGGUAGACGCUGUACAUGAGCUGUUAAAUCACUGCCCUGAUUGCUGGGAAAUGCUCGAAAGCAACGGACGAAAUGCUCUUCACGAUGCCAUAUUAUACAGUCAAGCAAAUGUGGUCAGUUACUUACUGAAGCCCAGAAAGUGGGAUAAGCUUGUCGAGGAUCCAGACAAUGAUGGCAACACUCCUCUCCAUUUGCUUGCUUCCUCUAAUUUCUGGGGCUAUGUGCCUUUGGAAUUAAAAAACCAUCCCCGAGCAAAGAAGAUGUCAUACAACAAGGAAAACAAGACACCUUUUGACGUAGCAGUGUCUUGCACAGAGUGGACGGCAGACAAGGAUAGAAUCGCGCCCAGCUUGUAUAACGAUUUCCUUAAUUCCAUUGCUCAAUUGGGACGCCGUGUACUCAAGCAGAACCAGCUGGAUUGGCAGAAGAUAAUUUUCAACCAAGCGAAGGAACGCGACAUAAACAUCAAAGGUAUCUUGUCAGCAGCUCAAAUGCAACUAGUUGUGGCUACUUUAUUAAUCAUAGUCACCUUUGCAGCUGGUUUUACAUUACCGGGAGGAUUUGAAAGCAAUGACAAUAGCCCUAAUAAGGGGAUGGCAGUCCUAAUAAAAAAAGCAUCGUUCUGUGCAUUUGUUAUGACAGAUGCAAUCGCCUUUGCAUGCUCCGCUGGGGCUAUAUUCAGCUACUUCUAUAUGGCGACAAAUCCUCGUCCAAUGUCUUAUCAGGAUUUGGGUUAUUAG